CGCUAGACCAAUCAGCUGGAGUUUCACUGAUCGACCAAUGAGCAGACAGGAUGCUAAUCAGUACACUAUACGUUUCAGAUUUAGAGCUAUUUGACAUUUCCCCCCUCCAAAAAAGAAGAUAAAAGAUAUAAAGAAACUUGUUGGUGCCACGGAACACAGUUGCCAUCAUGAUGUCUUCGUGCUGCAUCUGCUCUACAAUAGAGCGAGCACUUCUCGCUCACACCGCUGCGUCUGCUGCCCUCAAUAGCAGCAUUUGGCAGCAGUCAAGCUAUGAUGGAGGACACGCUCACCUGCAGCCAAGCGACCACCUUCUCUCAGGUGUUUGGGCGGCAGGGACAGCUGAUGCAAGCGACCGUCCAGUCUCUCAACAGUCUCAAUGACCAGAUAGCUCAGUUCAUGGUCACUCGGCCGUGGGUCCUUGACCAUCAGGACCAGAACCAGGACUUCAUGUCGGGGAAGACUGGUGACACCUUGACCAAGUCCAUGACCCUCAUGAGACACCUGCUCAUGGACGCACAGGGGAAGAUCCUCAAAAUGAUGGAGGACAACAAGCAGCUGGCCCAGAGGAUCGACGGAGCCAUCCGCUCGGCAAGCCAGGAAGUCAGCAACCUGCGCUCUGAGCUGACCGCCACCAACUGCAGAUUGGCGGGCCUGGGAGGUGCCAGCAGCCCCCCUGCCUUGGAGAACCACAGGCAGCGCAACCACCUCCUCCACCACCACCACCACCACUCCGACAGCCUCCGCUACCGGGAUCCCUCAGUGCAUCACAGACAGAAGACGGUGAUGACAGACAUGUGCUACCCUGCAGAGAUAUCCAGCUUGAUGGACUUCGGCUCUACUGACUGCUCGCUGGGCAAAGUGUUGUUACACGAGGAGGUGGCCCAGCUUCAGGAGGAGGUCCAGCUGCUGAGGCAAAUGAAGGAGAUGCUGGGUAAAGACCUGCAGGAUGAGUCCCAAGGAGGAGAAGGCACCACCGCCGGCCUGCUCUCUGCCGCUGAGCUCCGGGUGCAGCUGGGCGACAAGGAGCAGGAGCUGGACCGUGCCAAGGAAGCCUUACAGGCAAUGAAAGCUGACCGUAAGCGUCUAAAAGGAGAGAAGGGCGACUUGGUGAGUCAGAUGCAGCAGCUAUACACCACACUGGAGAGCAGAGAGGAUCAGCUCCGAGAAUUCAUCCGUAACUACGACCAGCAUCGAAAGGAGAGCGAGGACGCAGUGAAGGUCCUGGCCAAGGAGAAGGACGUGCUGGAGAGGGAGAAGUGGGACCUGAGGAGGCAGACCAAAGAGGCUACAGAGCAGGCCAACAUCCUGCGCUCUCAGCUGGACAUGAAGGAGAACAGGAUCAAGGAGCUGGAGGCUGAGCUCACCAUGGCCAAGCAGUCUCUGGCCACGCUGACUAAAGACGUACCGAAGCGCCACUCCUUAGCGUCCGCCACUGAGCCCGUGGUGAACGGCAGCCAGGAGUGGGUGAUGCAGGCCGACCUGCCGCUGACUGCCGCCAUCCGGCAGAGUCAGCAAACGCUCUACCACGGACACACGGCAGACAGACAAGCUGUGGUCAGGAUCAGCCCCUGCCACUCGCGCCAGCCGUCCGUCAUCUCGGACGCCUCGGCCGCAGACGGGGACCGCUCGUCCACGCCCAGCGACAUCAACUCCCCUCGCCACCGGACUCACUCUCUUUGCAAUUCGAUGGAGGACUUGGAGGACCAAAAGCGUAAGAAGAAGAAGGAGAAGAUGACUUUGGGCUCCCUGUCACGCGUGUUUGCCCGCGGGAAGCAGCGCAAGUCACUGGACCCGGGCCUGUUUGAUGGUACUGCCACACCUGAUUAUUACAUAGAGGAGGAUGCCGACUGGUGAUGCUGCGUGUGUGUGUGUGUGUGUGUGUGUGUGUGCCAUAGCCUAAAAGAGAAUGCUCCUCCAUGAAAUGUAUAGUAUAUUAUCCUCAAAUUGUAUGUAUGUAAAUUAUAUAUAUAUUUAUAGAUGUAUAUGUAUGCAUAUGUAUAUACGUUUACAUGCAUAAAUAUAUACAGUACGUGGGGUUAUUAUCACUCAAUGUGUACACAUGCUGUAUUAUCUUCAAAUUGUCUUUACGUUUUGUUCUUUUACAACUUGAGACUUGAAGGACUGCUGUUUAUGUAUAAAUAGGAGUGUUUUUACUCUGUUUAUUUUUACAUUUAUCAUGCUUUCUGUCCGACACAGCCCAUUUCACAUGACCUUGCUGGCUUUAAACUCUUUUUUUUUUUUACUUCUUUUGGACACAUGGCAAUUUGUUUUCAUAUAAGAAAAACAUGCAACCUUUUUCAUUUGGAUUUUUCAAAGUGACAUAAAGAAAUAGGAGAUAAGUUAUAUCAUAUCACACUGUGGGCUGCAAGCAUUUAGAACAGAAAAUAACCACUGACUAAGCUGAAAAAUGCACAUUUAGGCAUAAAGAUUCGCCCUAUACAAAUAUUGUAUUUCCUCAAAAUGCAGGCAACGCACUAAUAUGAAAAAUUAAUGCCUCACCUCAAUGUAAACCCUCCUUUUCUACUGAGUCGCAGUAACCUUUUACAUGAUUAUACCCAGCUAUUUUUUCAUUAGUGCAGCUGAUUGAAUGUUUUUUUUUAUUAAAAAUAAAUAUUAAAACAAUUUAUUAAAUCAUCUGAAUGAAAUGACGAGGCUAAAUUUGAACUACACACUGGUAUAAUAAUUAACUUAAACACAAAGCAAUAUGCAUAAAAAUUGUUUGUCAAAAAGCAUGUUUCUGUUUUUUAUCUGAAGCUUUUUCAUUCAAUAAAUAAAAAAAUAAAUUGUGAGCUAGAUACAGUUAUGUAUAACAUUACAUAGUAUAUCUUUAUUUAUGGGUUAGGGUUAUUUUAUGUAUAAAAUAACUCUCUUCACGACUCCAUAUUUACCUUGGUUAAAAAAAAACUAAAUUCAGAAUAUAAUAAAAUAUUUUGCUUUCAAUAAAUGUCUCUUUCUCUAACAAAGUUAUUUAGUUUCAGCUAUUUGAGGAAAUACGAUAGGAGUCUUUUAGCGCUUAGCCUGCUAGCAUCGCUGACUUGACUGAGCUGAAUGAAUGUGUGAGAAACAUCUGCACGACUUUCUUUAUGUCGCAUUAUUAUUAUUUUUUAAUCUGUCGUUCAUCCAUUCAUUGCCAAACACAUUCAUUGAGUCAUCCUUCUCUCUGAUCUUGCAUUAUAGAUGCAAGGUCUCUUCAUUUGUUUUUGUUUUUUUUGUUGCUUUGUGUAAAAAGCUCUAAUAAUUCUCUGCUUAACGUUGAAUAAAAGUUGAAAUCUA